UGGCCUCUGUCGAUAGCAUAAGUUGAACCUUACCACAAAUAUAUUAUUUACAAAAAUAAAGCAUUUUUUUGUUGUUUUUUUCCAUAAAUCAUAAUCAUCUCCCUGUCUCGUCCAUAGAUGAGGGAGAAAGAGAGAGUUGCAGAGAAAGCAAGAUCAGGCGCUGGGUUGAAGGGAAGGGGAUAAGACUAUUACGUAAAGUUGGAGGAGACUUCAAUCUUCUAAGUCCAUGGUAUUCUUUCCACCUACUCUUUCUCAUAGGAAGGCUUACCAAAGAAAACGUGUAGAUCAUUUCCCUUUGUAGUUCCCUUCAGUUGUAUUCCACUACAAACACUUCUCUUUCUCAUCUCCGAACAGAAACAGAGCACACCAAACUACAACCACACAGAUCGCAACAAUUAUAGAAGAAAGUGAUGGCAACAGAGAGGGAAGACCCUGUUUCUAUUAGCAUAGGUGAAAUGCUACAGAGUUUAUCCCCGUUAUCACCGGAUUGUUGCAUUGCUAGAGUACCAAAUUAUCUUCGCAAGGCAAAUGAACAAGCCUAUGAGCCGGAGUUAAUUGCAAUUGGUCCAUACCACCACGCUAAACCUCACUUAAAGGCAAUGGAAGAGCAUAAGAUCCGUUAUUUUCAAUUGCUUCUUCAAGAAAGAAGGGAGAACGAUGUCUCAAGAUAUGUCAUGAUAAUCAGAAGUUUGGAAGAACAAGCUCGCAAAUGCUAUUCGGAUCCUUUUGCUCUUGAAUCAGAUGAUUUUGUCAAAAUGUUGCUCCUUGAUGGUUGCUUUAUUGUUCAGCUAAUCCGUAAGUUUUCAGAGAUAAGAUUGAGAGAUGAAAGUGACCCUAUUUUCAAACUGGUCAGUUUGCGAGGAACCAUACGUCGUGAUACGUUAUUAGUUGAGAAUCAACUUCCCCUCUUUGUUCUUUGGGAGUUAUAUGCUAUGAUUGAGUACCCGGAUCAAAGAACAUUCAUGGCAAUUGUUUUCUCUUUCUUUUGCCAUAUAUUACCUGGUGAAGGAUGGCCACAAAAUAGUCUAAAUUCUAUUAGAGUAAUCAACCAUCUAGUAGACCUCGUACAUGAAUGCUGGCAUCCUUCACCUUUAGAAUUGAAGGCUUAUCAAAAUUUGAACAAAAAUGUUCCCUGGAAUUUCAUACAUUGUGUUACAGAGUUGAAAGAAGCUGGAAUAAAGUUCCAAAUGAAACGGGGAAAUAGCUUGUUUGACUUAAAGUUCGAAAAUGGGACAAUGAAAAUCCCAACCUUAAGAAUUUACGACCGCUUGGAAGGCACCCUUCGAAAUCUCAUCGCUUUUGAGCAGUUUUCUUCACACAGAGGCCUAAAUCAUGUCACUGAUUAUGUACUACUUUUCCACUGCCUUGUCAAUUCUACAAAAGAUGUGGAAAUCCUCCGUCAAAGUGGAAUUAUUGAGAACAUGUUAGGUGAUGAUGAAGAGGUUGCUAGAAUGCUUAACAGGCUUGGUGUCUCUGUCUUUUUCUCCCCUGACAACUUCUAUUACUCUGAGCUAUUCAACAAAGUCAAUAAGUAUUGCGAUCGACGUUGGAACAAAUGGAUUGCAAACUUGAAGCAUAAUUAUUUGAACAGUCCAUGGGCACUUAUCUCCUUCCUUGCUGCUGUUGUGCUGCUCCUUCUUACACUGGUGCAAACUGUUUUUUCAGUUCUCUCUUUCUAUAGUAAAUAAAUGCCAAAUCCUUCUUACCCUUGAAUCCUCCCUUGCCCCUUUUGAUUUUACCUUCAAUCCUACUGAGCCCUUGAAAAGUUCUUCUCAGGUAGCUGUGAAUAGUCACUUGUUUCAUCUGUACUUUCAUUUAUGUUAACAGAUUUAUUUGCAUCCUGAAAAAUGAAGUAUGUUUUUCA